GGGCGCAUGCGCACAGGGUCAAGAUGGCGGCGCGUGUGCUGCUCCGCGCCGCGGCCGGGCUCCGUGGCCAGCGCCGCCUGCUCGUCCUCCGGCUGGGCGCGGCGGGAGCGGUGGGGCCGGGGCCGGAGGGCAGGCUCGGCCUGGCGGGGGCGGCCUGGGCCGGGGUGCAGCUGCCCGCUCUAUCCCGGCGGCCUCCGUGGGUCCGCGGCUACUCGGACGCGCCGACGCUGACCUUGAAGAGCAUCCACGACCAGGUGCUCUACGUGCUCAGGCUCUACGACAAGAUCGACCCCGAGAAGCUGACGGCGGAGGCGCACUUCAUGAAGGACCUGGGCCUGGACAGCCUGGACCAAGUGGAGAUCAUCAUGGCCAUGGAGGACGAGUUCGGGUUUGAAAUUCCAGACGCAGCAGCAGAAAAGCUGAUGAGUCCUCAAGAUAUCAUGGAUUAUAUUGCCGAUACGCAAGACGUGUAUGAAUGAGCUUCUCAAGUGGAGUAUUCCCUGUUUUGUUUCUGAGAGCUGGAUGAAGCGAUCGAGAUGGACGAGCCUGGCAAGCCACCCUUUUUGCGGUUUGGAAUCACUGGGGCUCUCUGAGUUUUGUUUAUCCUAUUUAAAGUUGUAAAUGUUGGCCGUCAGAAUAAAUAUGAAAAAUUCUUA